UUCGAAGUUGAAAGUGUUCAGUUUGUCUGCAGAUUGGAGCCACAAUGUCGUUCUUCAUCUGGAUAACGAUAGUCGCAACGCUCCUCAUAGUUAUUUGGUUCAUUUUGUACGCCCACAGAGUUCACACAGCCAAGAGGAGAGCACAAACUCUUCCUCCAGGGACUAGAGUGGUCAGAGCGAAUAACAAUACCGUCAUCUACACAAUCCCAACAACACAGCAAUUGGCAACGACUUAUCCCUCAAUUGGACAGACUUACAAUACACAAGGGACUACACAGAAUGGAACAACUCUUCCUCCAGCUUACGAUUUGCCACCAACUUACGAUCAAGUCGUGAUUUUGCCGCCAACAAGUGCUGAGACCACCGUCACCACUACCACAAGAACUGAAGUCCGGAGUUGAGGACAAGUGUCCUGGGAGCAAUUGAAGGAUCUGCGUUGAGUGAGAGAAAGGCAGCUUCUGUGUUUGAAGCAUUUUUAUUUUUGAAGAAAUAAUAAAUUUCACGUAAUUUCUAUUAUUUUUUUCUUAUAUUAUUCAUUUUUUUCUAUCCUUUUUUCUGUGUCUUUCACUUGCAUGUACAAUUUCUUGAGAUGAAAGAAAUCCCAAAGAAAAUACGAAACACUCUUUUAAUCACUGAAUUUUGAAAAUUAUUUUCAUUACUUUCACGCAAAAAACGUCCAAAAAAUGCUGCUAGAAUUAAACACUUUGAAGUGUACAUUGUAAAAAUAAUGCUACGUUUUUUUU